AGCCGCCCAGCACUCUCUCACUUCUGGCCAGGGAACGUGGAAGGCGUACCGGCUGGGAGCCCAUCAGGGAGUUGGAAUUGGGGGCGAAAGAGGAAUUAGAAAGAAAAAAAGGGGGUUAACCAAAUAAUCCCAGAACUAGGCUCAAGCUAGGCUGGAGCCGGGGAGAGCGGGCGCAAGAGAGUGCAGCACCGGAGCCAGGCGACCUGGCAGAGCGCGCUCAGCACUGACUUUUGCUGCUGCUUUUCCUUUCCCUUUUUCUUUUAAUUCCGAGAAGGCGCCGGCGGCGGCCGCACACGCGAGCGCCACGCGAGGCUCCCGAAGCCAACCGCGGCGGGAGGAGGGGAGGGAGGAGGCGGCGCAGAGGGAAGACGAUCGCCCAGGCACCUUGCUCCGCCGCAGCUGGAGAACUCUGCGGCCUGCUGCGCGUUUCUUCUCUUUUAACUUUCCUCCGGGGCCCGUUCCUCCUCUCUCCUUUUCUUCGCCCCUUUUGAUCGUGCCUCCGAGUCCCGAGUCCCCCUAGCGCUCCGCGCACCCCGCGUACCCUUCUCGCUCUUCCCCGCGAUUCCUGGGCCGGGCAUGGAGAGCUCUGGCAAGAUGGAGAGCGGAGCCGGCCAGCAGCCGCAGCCCCCGCAGCCCUUCCUGCCUCCUGCAGCCUGCUUCUUUGCUACGGCGGCGGCGGCGGCGGCAGCAGCAGCAGCAGCGCAGGGCGCGCAGCAGCAGCAGCCGCCGCCGCAGCAGCCGCAGCCGCAGCAGGCGCCGCAGCUGAGCCCAGUGGCCGACGGCCAGCCCUCAGGGGGCGGUCACAAGUCAGCGGCCAAGCAGGUCAAGCGCCAGCGCUCGUCCUCUCCGGAACUGAUGCGCUGCAAACGCCGCCUCAACUUCAGCGGGUUCGGCUACAGCCUGCCGCAGCAGCAGCCGGCCGCCGUGGCGCGCCGCAACGAGCGCGAGCGUAACCGGGUCAAGUUGGUUAACCUGGGCUUUGCUACCCUCCGGGAGCACGUCCCCAACGGCGCGGCCAACAAGAAGAUGAGCAAGGUGGAAACGCUGCGCUCGGCCGUCGAGUACAUCCGCGCUCUGCAGCAGCUGCUGGACGAGCACGACGCGGUGAGCGCCGCCUUCCAGGCGGGCGUCCUGUCGCCCACCAUCUCCCCCAACUACUCCAACGACAUGAACUCUAUGGCGGGUUCUCCGGUCUCGUCCUACUCCUCCGACGAGGGAUCCUACGACCCUCUCAGCCCAGAGGAACAGGAGCUGCUGGACUUCACUAACUGGUUCUGAGGGGUCUGUCCGGCCCACUGGGAAUGGACUUUCGAAGUAGGGUGACAGCAAAUCCUGGUCUUUACUGUUUCUCGCCACGGACAUUGAGAAGGAGGAAGAAAAGAAAAAGAAAGAAAACAAGCAAGCCAGACGGCCCACCUCCAGGGGCAACUCGACUGAGAUGCAAUGUUCUCAGCAAAGAGGGGUGGGCUCCACACAGUGUCUUUGCACUCCAAUUAUUCUCAGACACACGAGAAGAGUGACUGGUACCUGAACCCAAGUCCAAGUCACUGCUGGUGUGCAAAAGCAGUGGGUUCCUUUCCUAGAGCAAGAGAGAGCUGCACGCACCGCACCCCGUAGUAGUGACUCCCAGCCAACCACUAACAGGCAGGGUCGAAAGCACUCCCCAGUGCCUUCAUCUCCCCGCCCGUCCUCGUGAAACCAAGUCUUAGCCCUUGGACUUGGGUUAACGUCUUUCCUUAGGAAGCCCCAUCCCAGUGAGCUGUGGGCACUUGUCUGCAGCGAAGCAGCUAUGUUCUACCAUAUUCAGUUCUCGGGUAUCCCCCCUCUCCUGGUGGCCUCCUUCCCAAACCCUCGUUCUCGCCCCCAAGGUCUUUGCUUCUGUUUUCAUCAUAGAAUGCUUCCAAUCUUUGUGAAUUUUUUUUAUUAUAAGAAAAAAAUCUAUUUGUAUCUAUCCUAACCAGUUUUGGGGGGAUAUAUUAAGAUAUUUUUGUACAUAAGAAAGAGAGAGAAAAAUUUAUAGAAGUUUUGUACAAAUGGUUUAAAAUGUGUAUAUCUUGAUACUUUAACAUGUAAUGCAAUUACCUCUGCAUACUUUAGAUGUGUGGUCCUUCUACAGCUGCCAGCACCCCCCCCCCACCCCGUGUUGUAAAGAACCCUCCUCAUAGGUGAGAUCCCAAUGCCACCAGAAUGACGUCAGCACCGAUGUGUCUUACUUCCCAGAAGCGUUGUUAAUGUAUUAAUGAUGUUAUUAAAAACUGCUGAAGGAGAGUAAAGUUUAUGCAGCUACUGUCCAAACGCAAAGUGGCAGCCAGUUGGUUCCCAUGGGUUGCCUUUUGGAAAUUUAUACCACUGCCUUUUAUCCCCUUACUGUUCUAUUGCAAACUUACAGAAAACAUGUAUA